AUGGACAACUUUAUGAAUAUGACCAAGAAAGCCGGCCACACGGCCGAGCUGCAGCGCCUUGUUGAUCUCCACGCUGUUUUCCUGGAUGCCAUGGAUGGCAAGCUCGUCUUAGCCCCCAUUAACCUCCAGGAGCCGGGAAAGAGAAUACUGGAUUCUGGCACCGCCGAUGGCAUCUGGCUCCGUGAUGUGCGCAGUCCGCUCUCAGUACAACAUGAGUACUUUGGCAGUGACAUCGAGCCUGAGCUCUUCCCCGAGACGCCAGACGGCAUCACAUACUUCAAGCAUUCUUUCAAGGACCCAUGGCCAGAGCAUCUCUUGAACUCACUGGACCUCGUGCACAUACGAGGUAGUCUCGCCGGCUCUGCUCCGGGCAAACCCAUUGAGGUUGUGAAGAACCUCAUUUCCAUGGUAAAACCCGGCGGCUGGGUUCAGCUCAUGGAAAUGAACGCCUUCCAGCCGCCAAAGGGGACUCUGGGACCCGCGAUGACUGACUUCGCCAAGAUGACCUCGGAAGUUUGGACAGCCAUUGGCGUCGGUAACUUCGCGAAUGAGAUGAAGCACAUUCUUGAAGAGGCGGGCUUGAAGAACGUGCAGGAAAGGCGAAUCCUGUGUGACAUUGGGAAGCUGGCGAAACCGGAGAUGCGUGCUAGGAGUGCCAAUGGCAUUACAGGACCCGUGGCACCACUGACGGCCGUUGCGAGAAGCGUGUCAACUUCCUUCAGUGCUGAGCAACUUGAUGCCUUGCCGGGACGGGUGAAGGCGGAGCUUGAGAAUGAGGGUGCGAGGAUUGAAGAAAUAGUUGUCUGGGGUCAGCUUGUUUGA